GAAUAAACAUAAAACUCAUUUUUAAAUUAAACAUUUCUGUUAGAAUUUUUUUAAAUCCUUAUUUUAGUAGUUAGGCCUCGAAAAGACACAGCUGAAAACCCUGUAUCCUGGAAAAAAUAUGGCUUCACUCAUCAGGCAUUGGCAGCACCAGGAUAUAAAAGUCAUCAAUCUCAAGUAUAAGUGACCCUCCUGUGAUGCCUGCGGCUCCUCUCUGGCUCCAUCCUCAUUCCUUCUUUUAUUCAUCCACCCAUCUGCUGCACUGAGCAGCCUGGACCAGCUCACCCUGGGAUGGCACCAAGCAAAGCGCGCCUCUCCCUGCAGACUCAGCCAGUCGGUCAGCGGUGACUCAUUGCGCACGGUCAGCCAGCCGCUCGGAGCGCGUAGGUUUGGUACCCAGGCUGCGCGGGAUCGAUCGCUCCAAGACUUCUGUUGCGCUGGAAGGCGUGGCUUUUUGUCAGCGACGCACGGUUGUUUUUUUCCUUUUUAUUUUUGGGGGGUUCGGCGUCUCUCUCCGGCACGGAUGCUUAAACGGCUUCCCAGGGCGCGGGACAUCAAGGGAGCUACAUAAAGAGGCAGACAGCGCAUCUGUGUCCAUCUUUGCACUACAACAGUAUUUACAGACGGAAACGGAGACUUCAACAUGGGAACUAACCCAAAAAGGACAAUGACGAUCCAUACAGUGCCACAGCUGGCUGCGGUGGAUUCUCUGGGAAAUAAGGAGUCUAAUGCCAACUGGGGAAAUGAGGCCCAUCUCAAACUCUCUCAGGUUUGUCCAGAGGACUCACUCCCACCUGCUGGACAGCGGGAUAACCUCUGUCAAACAACUGUUCUUGCCAACCCCAUUCCCCAAGCAACAGCUUCGCAGGGAACUGAAAUGGUUGACAGCUCUGUAAGUGACAAACCAGCGCUGGGCAAUGUGAACCAAACUAAAUCUGUGACAGGUGGAGAGCAGCACUUGCUAAACCUGUCACUGACAGGUCAAUGUGCAGGAGAGACGGGAGGCAACCAGGGGGAUUCUAAUGCUAACACGAAAAUGUUAAGCCCGGCCACUGAAAAAGAUGUUUGUAAGGCCGGGUUGUCAGCUGUUGUUACAUCAGCUUCAAAGGUCGACAUGCAAAACAAUGGAUUUCAAAGAAAAGAGCCAAGCAAGGCAAAGGAAGAGAAGUGGACAUCUUCAGCUGAAGCCACUGUGCAAAUGACCAGUGAAAAAAAUGUUUCCGCAAAUGAAAAAAAUGAACUGAACAAUGCAGCUGUUGCUCCCCAACAAGAGUUUAAGAGCAUUUUAGUUCCAGAUAGUGCUACACCACAGAAAACUGAAGAACCUGUUCACUUUCAGAGUGACUCAUUUGCAAAACCAACACCCCUGCAUGGGUCUGAAUCUUUAACUCCUCACACGUCCACUAAUCCUCUGUGCACCAGUGAAAACAAAGACUCCACGUCUACAAGCAACACUUCAUGUUCAGCACAUUCAGCAGGGAAUUUCCCUCCGGUAAAGGGAGCACAAGUCUCCUCAGAUAAACAUCAGCUCGUCUCUUCACAGAUAGAUGUGUCCACUCUACCCCGGGCUACACAAACCACGCCGAAGUGUGGGCAGGUGGCUGAGGCAACCAGCCAAACUGUCACCAGUGUGGAGGAACACAACAAACUCUACAGAGAGGCUUCGACCAUGACCUGCCCUCUAUCACCAGUCAAGCAGUAUCAUGAUAUGGAGGUUCAGGCCGUGGCAAACGUGUCCAACAAGGCGGUGUCCACAAGUCCCAGUCUGCUGUCCUUCGCUGUGACCCGUAAGCUGAGCAGUGGUGCAGUCCACAGGGAGGAGCUGCAGAGCCUGGCUGUGGUCUAUCAGGCUGACAACGUAGGUCUCCACCAAAUUUACACAACGUCCAUACCCAGCACUAAUCGCACUUCAGAGAGAGUCACCAUCGAGGCAGAGAUGUGCCCCGACCAGACUUACAGUUCCAGCUCAGAAACCUUGCCCCAGCUUAACUCCAAGCUCGGAGCCAAGCCCAAAGAGACUGGUCUGGCUCCGUGCAACAUUCAGCCAGUUUAUCAAAUCAACAUCGAACACAGCAACCACAAGAAGGAAGGUGAAGAAAUUGACUUGAAUUUUAAAAAAGGUAUUCAGGCAUCUGCAGAGGGAACGGCCUCUGCUGAUGCUCUGAAUGUCAAAUCAGGGGCUCCCACAGGGACAGCCAGGGCUUCACAGUCCGGAUCUGCUGACAGAAACAACGUUGGGCUUUCUCAGGCUGCUGUCACAACCAAGGCUGAGCAGGCCCCGCCUACCAAAACAGCAGGAAACACUGCAACAAAGUCAGACCCAACUAAGAAAAAGGCUCUGCUAAAGGCGGCACAAUCUAAGAAGGAGAAGACAGAACCAGAGGGAAACACUGAUGAGGAGGAUCAGUCAGAGAAGGAAAAAGGAAAAGGUGUCCAUGAUGUUGUAUGGGAUGAACAAGGCAUGACAUGGGAGGUCUAUGGUGCCUCAGUGGAUCCAGAAUCCCUUGGUUUUGCCAUACAGAGCCACCUGCAGUGCAAGAUUAAAGAGCAAGAGAGGAAACUGAUAGUGCAGACAUCCAUACGAAAGUCAAUUUCUGGCGUUGAUUCUCCGCGACAUGAUAAAAAGAACAAAAGGAGGCAACAGAACAUUUUCAGGUCAAUGCUGCAAAAUGUCAGAAGACCAAACUGCUGUGUGCGCCCCCCUCCCUCCUCUGUUCUGGAGUAGCAUGGCGCAGAGGUACCCAAUGACAGACUCCUGCCUUUCCUCGAGGUCACAGCGUUCGCCCUCCUCUCAUCAUAAUUGCAGCGCCACAAGAAACAUUAACAGGACAUUGAUCCCUGGAACGUUGUAGCAUAAAGAGUAAUGUGUGAUGUAUGAAAAUCAACAUGGUAGCAUAUAGAGGCAAAACACGAGUAUUUCCAAACUUCAUUUCUAGAAAUAAAUGUUAGAGAGAAGCAAUUUUAAGAGCUGCAAUAAUAAUAAAGCGCAUGUGUUUUGUUUAAAAGGUAGCUGUACUGAUGUUCAUAGAAGGAAGUGGUGAUGAUGACGAUGGAUGACUUGUGUUCAAACAUUUGCAUAAAUAUAUUAAGCUGAUGUCCUAUUAUAUUUGGUGCAGCUAGAGUAUGUUUUGAGGCGCUGCAUUUAUAAGACUGCUGUUUUUGUUUUUUAACGUCUCGGUUUAUUUUAAACAUGUGGGUGGAAAAGCAAAAAAGAAAACUGCAGGUACACAUAUUUGCAUUGAUUAAUCUAUACCAUUUGAUUUUCUAUUAAAAUUCCAAAAAACAAACAGUGCUGACUUUCACAUCUUUUCCUUGAUGAUGCUUUCAGUUGCGUUGUGUCGUUGAAAUGGCAAUAAAACCUUUUGAUAAUGCUUAUUAAUCUACUGUGCAAUAAAAAAUAUGGAUUUGUUA